AAGAUUUUCCCACCCAGUGGAGAGUAGCAAAGUAGCAAAACCUCAGAAAUCCCCUAACAAUGGCGAUGGUGGCCGAAGGUGUAGGGACACUGCAAAUCCACAGAAUCUCACAACCGAAAUACAUAGACGCCCUUCGCUGGCUUUCUCCCCUCUCUGCAUUCGAGAGAUUCGCUGUUCUUGCGCUCCACGACUCCGAUUCCGAUGUUUCCUCGAUCGAGAUUCAGGCCCUGAACCGCUCGAACCCAUCAAACCUCCACCUUCAAUCUUCGUGGGCAUCUCCCGCCAGAAUUUCGACCCUCAGAGUUUCUCAAAUCCCUCAAAAACCUCUCGUCGCGGCAUCCACCUAUAUGGGUUCUCUCCACUUCCUCUUCACUGACCCGGUCGAUGCUUCUCUUGAAUCGGAGCUCUCACUCGCUGAGAAGUCAUUCCAUGCUGGACCCAUUUCGGGAAUUGAUUUGCAAGGUACUGGUUCUGAAUGUGUUAGCGUGGGUGAAGAUGGGAGGGUGAAUUUAGUAACUAUUGGGGAUUCUAAAUUGAAUUACCGUCGGGUCUUCGAUAGCCAUGGGUUGGUGUCUUAUACAGCAGCCAAGUGGGCUUCACCAGCCGAGUUUGCGACUGGGGGCUUAGGAUUCAGUCUUCAGUAUUGGGAUCAAAGGAAACCCGGUGGAGCAGUUUCUCAGUUCAAGGGCAACUGGGGUCGAGGGAAUAUGUCUGAAAUUGUACACUCCAUUGAUAUUCACCCAUCACGAAAGCACAUUCUUCUGGCAGGAGGCUCCUCUGGUACUGUAUUUGCCUGGGACCUUCGGUGGCAAAAACAGCCAGUUCUGCUCUCUGGGAUUGUACCAGGCGAAACAGUAGUUUCCCCCUCCGAAAGUGAGGUUUGGGAAGUCCAGUUUGAUUGUUACAUGCAGUCUGCAACCAUUGGUAACAUCUCAUCUGGCCAAAUCUUACCUGUUAUGAUGUGCUCAGAAGAUGGGAUUCUUGCUGUUAUUAAACAAGGUGAGCAACCCAUGGAGAUUCUGGCAGAACCCUGUGCCAUCAACAGCUUCGACAUUGAUAAACAAAACCCAUCUGAUUUGCUUUGUAGUUUGGAGUGGGAAUCCAUAGUCAUCUUAUCAAGACAAUGAUGUUGCGACGAGGAAACCAGAUCAAUUCAAGAUGGAUCCUGUCACUCUUUGGCAGCUUUAUUCGUUAUAACUAUAGAACUGCAAACCAUUGCUGCUACUUUAGGAUGGGAGGGUGUCCCAACCACUUGGCGCGGAAGCCUGUUCCUUUACAGUCAGAGCAGCACAUCGAUCCCUUCAAGGAUGAAAAAAAGUUUUAUGUUCAGAGAAUGUUGCAUUAAAUUGUUUUAAACUAAGGAGACGAAUACUGAAGAGGUCAAAGUGCUUUUUUGUUUACCUUUCCAGCACAUAUAAUGCAGCUGGUGUUCUUUGAAGGCACUUCACAAAGCAUAUUGUCUCCAAUGAUGAAGAAGCCUGUUCCU